AUGAUGAAUGAUCAGAUUAACCUUAUGAAUGGUCCAGUUAACCUUAUGAAUGGUCAGGUUAACCUUAUGAAUGGCCAGAUUAACCUUAUGAAUGGUUUGGUUAACCUUAUGAAUGGCCAGAUUAACUUUAUGAAUGGCCAGAUUAACCUUAUGAAUGGUCAGGUUAACCUUAUGAAUGGCCAGGUUAACCUUAUGAAUGGCCAGAUUAACCUUAUGAAUGGUCAGGUUAACCUUAUGAAUGGCCAGAUUAACUUUAUGAAUGGCCAGAUUAACCUUAUGAAUGGUCAGGUUAACCUUAUGAAUGGCCAGGUUAACCUUAUGAAUGGCCAGAUUAACCUUAUGAAUGGUCAGGUUAACCUUAUGAAUGGCCAGGUUAACUUUAUGAAUGGCCAGAUUAACUUUAUGAAUGGUCAGGUUAACCUUAUGAAUGGUUUGGUUAACCUUAUGAAUGGUCAGGUUAACCUUAUGAAUGGUUUGGUUAACCUUAUGAACGGUCAGGUUAACCUUAUGAAUGGCCAGGUUAACCUUAUGAAUGGCCAGAUUAACCUUAUGAAUGGUCAGGUUAACCUGAUGAAUGGUUUGGUUAACCUUAUGAAUGGCCAGAUUAACUUUAUGAAUGGCCAGAUUAACCUUAUGAAUGGUCAGGUUAACCUUAUGAAUGGCCAGGUUAACCUUAUGAAUGGCCAGAUUAACCUUAUGAAUGGUCAGGUUAACCUUAUGAAUGGCCAGGUUAACCUUAUGAAUGGUCAGGUUAACCUUAUGAAUGGUCAGGAUAACCUUAUGAAUGGCCAGAUUAACCUUAUGAAUGGUCAGGUUAACCUUAUGAAUGGUUUGGUUAACCUUAUGAAUGGUCAGGUUAACCUUAUGAAUGGUUUGGUUAACCUUAUGAACGGUCAGGUUAACCUUAUGAAUGGCCAGGUUAACCUUAUGAAUGGCCAGAUUAACCUUAUGAAUGGUCCAGUUAACCUUAUGAAUGGUCAGGUUAACCUUAUGAAUGGUCAGGAUAACCUUAUGAAUGGCCAGAUUAACCUUAUGAAUGGCCAGAUUAACUUUAUGAAUGGCCAGAUUAACUUUAUGAAUGGCGAGGUUAACCUUAUGAAUGGUUUGGUUAACCUUAUGAAUGGUCAGGUUAACCUUAUGAAUGGUCAGGUUAAGCUAAUGAAUGGUCAGGUUAACCUUAUGAAUGGCUUCCAGGUUACAGUUUCAACAUUAAUCAAUUUUGUUGCAUUUUUGACACAUGCACUUAAUUCACAACAUUGUGAGUUAGUCAGCAGUCUGCACAAGAGUAGGCUGCCAUAA